GGCACACGGCUCUAUACACAGCCCAGGGACCACAACUCAGGGAUUGCUGGAGGGAGGCACACCGCUCUAUACACAGCCCAGGGACCACAACUCAGGGAUUGCUGGAGGGAGGCACACCCUACAACUCACUGACUGGACACAGCAAGUCCUGGACCCGGGGUCUUGCUAUUGUCGACCCAGAUCUUUUUUCUGAGGAGCAUUCAUCUAUGGCGCAUAACUGCAGCUUUUCCUUUGCUUACGUUCAGACUACCUUCCUGGCUCCAGUGUACACGGUGGAGUUUGUUUUAGCCGUGUUAGGAAAUGGUUUUGCCAUCUGGCUGCUGGGGCCAAGAGGAUCCAAGAACCGCCAUGCCGGAAUUAUCUUCUCUCUCAACCUUGCUGUGAGUGACUUGGCCUACGCCUUGUCUCUGCCUCUCCUGGUGGCAUAUUACUCAAUGGGAAAAAAAUGGAUCUUUGGCGUCGCCCUUUGUAAAGUGGAACGAUUUCUUUUCCAUAUUAACCUUUACGGAAGCAUAUUCUUUAUCACCUGCAUCAGUGUCAACCGCUGCAUCGGAGUUGUGUACCCAUUUUAUGCCAGGGGUAGAGUGGAGAGUAAACACGGCAAGCUGGCAAGCGUGGCAGUGUGGGUUAUAGUUGCUGCAAUUUCUUCUCCUGUGUUUGAAUUCUCAACCUUACAGGGUGACGGACACAAGAAAGAGUGCUUAGGGACUGCACUGGACAGCCAACUAAGGUCAUACUUUCCAUACAGCUUGUUUCUUGCUGGCUUCGGCUGUGGCCUUCCAUUUCUCAUCACUCUUAUAUCCUAUACAGGCAUAGCUCGAGCUGUAUGGAAAAGCCAUGGACUGGAAUCAAAGGAAAAGAGAAAAGUUGUAACCAUGGUCUGUGUGGUAGUGUUACUGUACGCCAUCUCCUUCCUGCCCUAUCACAUCCUGAGGAACAUGAACCUCGCAAGCAGAAUAUGGCCAAAGAAUUGCAACCAAUCUGCUUUUCUACAUUCCGCAUUUCAAGUUACACGUGGACUGGUGGCACUGAACCCUUGUAUCCACCCGUUGUUGUACACUUCUGUGAUGGACAAUGUUCGGGCAAAACUUGGCUGCUGUAAAGGACAGGAAGAAGAGAAACCCCCUGAGAGCAUUCGACUUUGAUCUGCACGGUGAUUGUACUAGACCAGUAUUAAUGUACUGCUGAGGACAUUGGGGAAACUAGCAAAAGUCCGAUGUAUGGACAUGAGCCAAAUACGAAAAUGAAACCCAGACAAGAUAACAUAUGCUUAAUAAGACUUUUUUGGAGAUAGUAACUGAUUGUUGUGCAGCCACGUUUGUUUUGUGACCAACAAUAACUGUGAUUCUUCUAAUGCCCUGUACACACGAUCAGGAUUUUGCCCGGCCAAACUCACAUCGGAAUUCCGUCGGAACAUGUUCUCUAU